AAAAACACACCAAAAAACGAAAAACGACUCUCAAAUUCGAUUCUAUGAAAAGAAGUAAGGAAAAAAAUGUUCUGAAGACUCGAAAGAGCGUCGAGGAAGAUGAAGUGCCCCAGAGAAACGACAAGUGCAAGAGAGACAGAGAGAGCGAGAAGGGAACCCCCAGUACCAUGAAGGAGAGCAAGUUGGUGAUCCUCGGGGCGGGGGGCGUCGGGAAGACCUCUCUGGUGCUUCAGUUUCUCCAAGGCUUCUUCUCGACGACUUACAAGCCCACAGUCGAGGAUUGCUACAGCCACACCCUGCAGCUGCCCAACGGUCUCUUCCACGCCCUGGAGAUCCUGGACACGGCCGGCUCGCACCAUUUCCCGGCCAUGCGAGAGCUCUCCAUCCGCUCCGGCCGCGCCUUCGUCAUCGUGUUCGCCGUCAACAACGAACAGAGCUUCUACGAGGCUCAGUCGCUCUGGAACCUCAUCACCAAAAUAAAAGGUAGCGACGGCGCCCCCGUGGUCGUGGUGGGGAACAAGGUCGACCUCGACAGAGAGCGAGUCGUGAGCUUCCAGAGGGCACAGGACUGGGUUGACACAGACAUGAGCAACGCCUCCUACCUCGAGACGUCAGCCAAGUAUAACAUCAACGUGGGAGAGCUGUUCAAGCAGUUGCUGAUAAGGACCUACGGCUUGGCUAAUAACGAGAUGGCCCCCACAGGAGCUCGCGGACGCCUCAAGUCGCUGGGGAACAUUAUGGAGGUUGUCAGGAGGAGGUCCUUCAGCCUCGCCCAAGCUGCCUCCUGCAGUGCCAUCCCCGACCACCCGGAUAUACGAGACCAGAAGUGCGCCAUUCUGUAACCUGUAACGAGGGUGACCUGUAGUUAAGAAGGAGUGAUUUGAAGAGGAUCUGGAGGGUGACCUGGAGUUGAGUAGGAGUAAUUUGAGGAGGAUCUGGAGGGGGACCUGGAGUUAAGUAGGAAUGACUUGGAGAGGAUCUGGAGGGUGACCUGUAGUUGAGUAGGAGUAACUUGAAGAGGAUCUGGAGAGUGACGUAUAGGCCUGAGGGUGGGUUUAAGAGUCUGAUAGAGGGAGUGUGACCUGUAAUUGGAUGGAGAACCCAGGGUAUAUAGGGUGACCUGUAGGCAGUAAUCUAGAGAGAGAAAGAAGAGAACCUGACGGUGACCUGUAAAGGCAAGUAGGUAAUUUCCUUUAGGCUGACCAAAAAAGAAAUGAAUGAGAAAGCAUUGAUUGGU